AUCUUCUGUCAGUAAACCUGAAGAUGUCGUUUGGUGUGGUAGCUAACUGCCUACUUAUCAUUUUUGUAGCUCUAGUUAAUGGAAUGCCACAGAGAGAUGAUACAGCAAAGGAAAAAUCUGACUCACUUCCAUUUCUUCAAUUUACUGACGGAGGAAUUCGAGUGAACUUUGGAGGAUAUCAUGCUGCAGCUGGACUCGGCGGUCUUUUACGAGGUACGGGUGGUGGACUUUUUGCAAGUGCGGGAACUCCAUGGGGUGCACAUGCUGGCGCAGGAUUAGGUGGCAAAUUAGGUGCAGAUGGUAAUCUUGGCGGUGGUCUUUAUGCUCGAGCUGGAGCCGGCAAUGGAGGACCAGAAGCAGCUGCUGGCCUUGGUGGAAAACUGGAUGGCACUGGACGGUCAGUGAACCCGAUUGCGGGUGGCUUAUAUGCAGGAGCAACACCAGGCGGCGGUCCAGGUCCGGGCGUGUUUCUAGGCGGUGGUUUUGAUCAACCCGGAUUCGAUGGAAUUAUAAGUGGCAGUACAAAUAACGAAGCUAAUUUAAAUCCACCUGCGGCUCCUGCGGGAACAUCUUCCGCAUCAGCGAGUGCGGAUGCAACUACUAGUGAAAAGAAACCGACGAGAGGUCGCACGAAUAUACAAAUCAUACCUUCGAAGGCGCACAAAGAGAAAGAGAAGGUGUUAGAUGCUGCCGCGAUGCUACGAGCUGAUGCACCGAUAAGUGAGAAAACCGAGUCGCAAAAUAAGGAGACACGACGUGCUGUGCCAGUCGUGGCACCCGCGCCAGAAGUGGGCCUCGUCAAAUCGGUUUAUGUUGGAACAGCGCCAGCCGUGAAAACCGUCGUUCUGGCACCUGUAGCUGCACCUACACAAAGCACAGGCCAAGUUACUGCUACCGUCGAUACAGUUACAACAGUCGUCAAUCCGAAUGUAGUCGUUGCGAAGCCCGCGUAUCCACGCUGGUAUCUUAGAAAAAGAUUCUGGACCCGUCCUAGGAAAACAGUUUACGUUGCUCCAACAGCAACGGUUGAUACUCAAAAUUCUCCUUCGGAUAUAGUCGGUGGACUUUUCGUCAAUUCAGUGGGAGAUGGCGGCGCGGUUGCUGCAAGCAAAACAUCUUAUGUCAGCGAAUCUUUUAUCGAUAGUAUUUUUAACAUCCCGAUUUCUACAUUGUCUGCUGUUAAUAACGCUGUUAAUCAACUGCUGGGAAAUAACGUCGUUAAGACCGUUGCCGUAGCUAAGACUUCACCGUAGAGAGUAUAUUAUUAAACACACUUAAAUUCCUAUUAUAAUUGACGAUUACAUAACAUUGUAACUGUCAUCGUAUUGCACUCGAAGACUAGAAUCCUUGAGGUAUAUUUAGCAAUUUCCAUUUUUCACCUAUUCAGCCUCUUUUGACAAGAAAUGUUUGUUCUACCUACUUACGAAUGCUAUACACAUACUAUGCCCAUCUCCUGGUUCUCUGUACGUGAUUAGAUUACGCAUCAAUCCAGCCAUCCUGUAUAUACUACAAUAUUUCUUUGCCUGCGAAUUAUUUAAAAAAGAAAAUACAUGUACUAAUAAAGUUUUAUA